GACAGGAGGACUAUGACCGGCUACGACCACUUUCUUACCAGAACACGAACGUCGUGUUAAUUUGUUACGAUGUCAUGAACCCCACUAGCUAUGAUAACGUAGUGGCUAAGUGGUAUCCUGAAGUGAAUCACUUCUGCCGAGGAGUCCCGCUCGUACUGAUCGGCUGCAAGACAGACCUUCGGAAAGACAAAGAACAAUUGCGCAAGCUCAAGGCUUCUAAGCAGGAACCCAUCACUUACAACCAGGGUAAAGAAGCCUGUCAGCAGAUUAACGCAGAAGUUUACUUGGAGUGCUCAGCAAAAUGCCGUGAGAACAUAGAAAACGUUUUUAAAGAAGCAACAACCAUUGCACUGAACGCCAUGAAAAAAGCCAAGCGCCAAAGGAAGCGGAGGGUGUGCUCGGUGUUGUGA